AUGGACAUCGACAGCACCUCCGUCUCAACCGCAGAGUGGAGGUGCAUUAAAUGCCGCAACAUCCCCUGGCACUACGAUGACUGGUUGAAGAGGGAACCCAGCUUCGAAAUACAACAUCACGACUCGUUUGCGGCCGUUGAGCAGGCUGCGGCUCUGGGUUGCUAUCUUUGCCGCUACCUCAGAGCUUGCAUCAUUCAUACGGCAAAGGAGGAUGUCCCAAAGGGUGUCCCAUGCCAUUUCCGCCUCGAAUUCAAUGACGAUAAGUUUCUGUCCCCAUGGUACUGCAUUGGUAAGAGACAUCAGGCCUGGAUCGUUUUGAAGAGGGCAGAUGGCCUCAAAAUUCCGGCUGAGCCACUGAAUAAGAUCAAACGUACUACCAGCACCAGUACCCUAGGCUCAGGCUAUGGACUAACAUCGGAAUCAGGCCUAGCCCACGAAACUGUAGAAGCUGACCUCGCAAGCCUCAUCGGCGAGCGAAUCAUCCCCUGGAUAGACGACUGCCUCCACCAACGCGGACGUCAUCAAGACUGCGCAGGUGGUACUUUUCGGGGUGAAGCGGACUUCUUCCUACCAACACGUUUGAUCGAUGUGGGAGACGGCAGCCAGAUCCCUGCCCGGCUCGUAGAGACGCAAGAUCUGCUCUUGACGAGACCGAAACCGGAAUACCUGGCUUUGAGCUACUGCUGGGGCCAGAGCAACGAGCCGGCAAAGACGACGCGAGCGACUCUCCAACAACGAAAGCAACGCCUCGAAACAUGGUAUCUUCCAAAGACGAUUCAAGAUGCCAUAGACCUCACCCGUCGCAUGGGCGUCAGAUAUCUAUGGGUCGACGCCAUAUGCAUCAUCCAAGCCGAUGCUGAGGAUCCCUACUUCGAAGAUUGGGAAAAGGAGGCCUUCAAGAUGGCCUCCUACUACGCCCACGCGCGGUGUCUCAUAUCCGCCCUUGGAGCCUCGGAUAGCAGCCAGGGCAUCUUCACAGAACGCCUCGCUCAGAAAUAUCCCCAGAGAAAUAUCCCCAGAGAAACAGCCCAGUUGCUUUCGACGAUGCCCGCAACCAGGUUCUCUACGUCCCGGUAG